AUGGAAAGAAGACGAAGAGCGUACGCGAAAUUAAAAAUAGAAGACGUUUUAAAGGCGGAAGGUGUCAAGCCGUGUGACAUAAUACCGCCCGAAAAAAUUUAUCCGUCAUUCUCCUACGAAGAGAAAUACGGCUUGUACCCUAAGGCGAACUAUUUACCGUUAGAAGUGUUCGACGAUGAGGAAUACGAUUGUAGAACGGCGGAGGAGUGGAUGAAUUUCGGUAUCGUCGAUGGUGUCCGUUAUCCGUUACCGGCUACGGUAUUUAUCGAAAAGGCCGGGCGAAAAGGAAGGAUAUUUCGUCGAAAUAUUGAUAAGCUGGAUGAUUUGUUCGGCUGGACCGAAGCUGCCGUGACGGACUACAAUAGCGAGAAGAAAGUCUGGACCGUUCUUACGUUGGACGGUCUCAAGCGAGGAUUCUUCCUUCCCAGGAUAUACAUUAGAUUCUAUGGAGAGGAUCCCAGAACAUUCGCCGAGAGAGUGGCAGUCGCCGUCAAACAAAGACAGAUAGCCGAAGCUACUAUCAGAUACCAUUUAUAUUUGGACUGUAUGCGGCUUGACGGCAUGCCGGCGCUCGACGAGGAGCGACAGAAAGCUCGAAUAAUCCUCUCGGCUACUCGAGAAAACCCCAUCGAACGUGUCGCCGGUCAUCUUUCAAACUUGAUGGACGAAAUUGCGCUGGAGUAUCGUCGAGUUAUGUGCGAUCUGACGUGGCGGCCUCUCAUUGAAAAACAAGCCGAUACGUUUAAUUUCAUCGCAUGGAAGGAGAUAAAUGUCGCCUGCGAUAUCACGAUAUCAGAAGUGAGAAGAGUUCACACCGACAUGGAAGACUUCGCGAAAACGAAGGAUUACUUCCAUUUGAUGACUCUGUACGUUUUGCCGGAAGUGUACGAGGCCAUGCAGUGCGUGGUCGCCGAGUGCAUCUACGUGUCCGAUAUGAAUCUCUUCGCCUCGACUUACGGUAAAUCGAUGCCUCUGUUGGAGUUUGAGUCGCAACAGAAUCUAGAGAACGGUACGGUGAUGAAGUACCUGAAGGAAUUGUGGUUGGAAAGGAUCACGCAGUCGAUUCGAAGGUGUCUGCGGGAUCUCGGGAAGGAAUGGUUCGAUCUUGAUCAGAAGAAUCGCGAGGUAUACGACGCGAUGAAGUUGAAAAGAUUCAUAGAUGUCGCUGUGCUUCGAAUGCAGACAGCGUUGCGAGAUCUCGUAUACAAGUCGAUCGACCUGUACGUGGAAAUGCUGACAGCUCCGGCGAUAUGCACCUUAAACGUGAACGAGGAUUUUGUGUGGGGCACCGAUCUCGUAAAUACGCAAUUUAAAUCCACGGCACAUCCUGUCUUCAACAUCAACAUUCUGAUGAAUGGCGAUACCGUCUGUUAUUCAACCGACCUGGAAUCGUUCGAAGAAGUUAUCGUAACUCUGUUUGAUGAUUUCCUGAGCCAGUGCCAUCAAAUCAGACAGAUUCAUUCCUUUUUGCUGCCAUUCCUGACGUUCCCUAAAGAUCUGUUUCUCAGCUCGGUAGGCUUACAGGAGAGGCGGGUCUGCGAGGCUCGAGAUCGUUUGAGGAUCGCUUACAGAAAAUCUGUGAUACCUCUGAGAGCGUAUGCGAACGAGUAUCGUCAGUAUCUGGAAUUUUUUACCCUGAAUAUUGAGAAAUAUAUGAAGGACUUCAAAGAUGCGGAUCACACCGCUCUGGAAGUCAAGGACGAGGUGUCCUUUCACCUGAAAAUGAAGUCCGCCCUCGAGAAUGCGCUGCCGAACGAGAUGAUCGUAGGUCCUUUUCGCGUGAACGUUCAACCCCUGAGACAUCAUCUCGUGCAGAAACGACAGAAUUGUGUCACGCAGCUACUGACCAUGUUCACCGAGAGCUUGAGGGCGCGAACCAACGUCGUUCUGACGGGUUAUUCGCGAAUCGAUGCGAGACUGAGAUCACCGUCGCGCGACAUCGAACACUUGUUCGAGGAACAAGACUGGGUGGCGACGAUACCGCUGACGAUGAGGCCGCUGGACGAAACUAUGCAGAAACUGACGCGCGAAUUCGACGUUCUCGAUUACUUCCGAUGGAAUCUGUCCGACCAGGAUUUCGAGGCCAAGUGGCAAGGCAUAGGUUCCUCUCGCAAAAUGAAAGAGGCCAAAGAACGUUUCGCCAGCGAGUACGAGAAAUUCCACAAAUUGGAAGUGCAGGACGAAAUUAUCCUGUCGGAAAAGAUCGAUACACUCAUAGGAAACGUCGCAAACUUGACGGUGCAGACGGGCAUUGAUAGGAUACACGAGACGGCGAUUGAAGCGAAGAGGAUUGAGAAGAUGAUGAAUGAAUAUCGGGAAUUGAGUUUACUGCUAAACAAGCGACAGGAAUUAUUCGGCAUGGAAGUAGUGGUGUUCGAGCAAUUAAACAGAUUGGUGAAGGAGUUCGAGCCGUAUCUAACGUUAUGGGUCGCUGCAUCUGAUUGGUUAAAGUGGCAAGAGAUGUGGAUGGAAAAUCCUCUGAUGAACAUCGACGCGCAUCAGAUCGAAGGCAUAGUUGCCGAUCUGCACGAAACCAUGUCGCGUUGCGCGGAAAUAUUUAAAGACAGUCCAAAGGUGGCCGCCGUUGCGCUUACAAUGAGGCAACAGAUUGAAGCGUUUAAGCCUCGCAUCGGCGUGAUACUGGCUCUGCGAGAACCCGAAAUGAAGGAUCACCAUUUCGAGGAACUUUUCAAGAAGACCGGCGUACAAAUGGCGCUCACUCCGACGUUAACUUUCAAAGAUCUACUCAUUUUCGGCGUAAUGAAGUUUGAAGAUACCGUGAAGGCCGUCGCGAAUACUGCACGAAGAAAUGCUCUAUAG